GUUUCUUAGCAACGGCGGUAACUUGAGGAAGGAGCUUGGAGCUCAGCGUUUUCUGCCAUGAAUGUCCCAGAUCUCCAUCUGCAACGGCCGCCGACAGGAAGACGACAUGGACUCCGGCUCGCCACCAGGAAGCCCUUCCUGCGGCCUCACCAACCGGAGCAGCAGCUUCUUUAAGCUGAUUGACACUUUUGCGCUGGAGAUCGGGGAGCUGAAGAAGGAGAUGGUCCAAACGGCGCCGGCUCUGGACAAGGAGCCGCUGGAGAUACAAAGGCUGAAGGGCCGUGCGUUUCUGCAGUCGCCGCGCUGCAGGGCGUCUGUGGGGGAAUGGGACUCUGGUUACGACUCGCUGCGGAGGAGGAUGAGCGUGUUGGAGCGGCUGACUCAAACUCACCAAGUCUGGCUGCUGCUGGCGGUCAGCGAAGACGAGGCCUCCGGCAUUCUGCUCAAACAGCCGCCAGGGGUGUUUCUGGUCAGGAAGGUUCUGCAGAGGAAGGUUCUGUCCGUGCGUCUGGAUAAGGAUCAGUCAGAAAAUCCCAUCAGCCACUUCAAUGUCAGAGAGAGUCAGUACUCCUUUUCCAUGGAAGGAUCUGGGAUCAGCUUUGCAGAUCUCUUCCACCUAGUGGCCUUCUACUGUGUCAGCAGAGACAUCCUGCCAUUCACGCUCAAACUUCCUGAGGCCAUUUCAUCUGCAAAGACGCAGAAGGAGCUGGAGGAGGUGGCUCAGCUCGGUGCAGGUUUCUGGGACUCUGCGCUGUGCAGCCAGCGGCGCUGCUCGACCCCCCCUUGCCACCGCCUGAGCCGGACCCUCAGUCCCCAGCGCACCAAACGGACCGCUGAGGUGGAGGAGUCGCACCAGAGCGCACCUCCCACCUUACAGCCGCACACAGCCCCCCCCGGCGGCUUCCAGGACGCCGCUUCCCCCACUGGACCGCUGUGCUUCGUGACGCCCCUGUUCCUUCAGACCCACAGCCGCGACCCCGACCCCCCAGAAAAAGCUGCCGGCUCGCCGCCGCUGAGCAGCAGCAGGUGCGCCGAGCCGGACCUGGAUCGGACCAAGCUGAACGGUAAACCGCGCUCGCCGCCUCCUCGCCCCCCUCCUCCCCGCUCAGCACCGAGCCGGCGGCCCGCUCCGCCGCCGCCCGGGCCUCCUCCGGCUGCUUCCAGAACCAAGAGCAUGCCGGUCGCCACCAAGCGGCAGCAGCCGUCCGGCAGGAGGCCCGCGCCGGCACCGCCAGCACUGGGCGGCAGAACCAGCAGCUCAACCAAAAGUACCUCCUCUCCAAACCGGCCGCCUCCUCGACCCAAAAUGCCCGAUCUGGAGGCUCACCGCUGCCACAUCGCUCUGGAUGAUGAAACCAUCGCCAAGGCUCUGUCCCGCGCCAACCUCCCCACCUGCCAGCCCCCACCUGUUGCUGAGGAGCCGUCACAGAGCCUGUCCGGUCCUGAUGAGAGGGGCCGGCAGCGGUUCAGCGACAUGAGCAUCUCGACGUCGUCUUCGGACUCCCUGGAGUACUCCCGGUCUCCUGAGUUCUCCCUGGACCUGGCGCCCAGCCCGCCUCAGCACCCGGUGGAGGACACCAGCGAGGACGACGAGGACGCGGAGGAGGAAGAGGAGGAGGAUUACGGCGUCGGGAUGGAAGCGGAUCUGGAGUCGCGCCUCCGUCCGAUCCUCAAAGCCCGCAGGCGGCGUGUCGGCGUGAGCCUGAGCGGCGGCUCCUUCGUUCUGCCCCGCUCCCUGAAGGGACGCUUCAGCAAGGUGGGCGGGAUGUUCAGCUCCCUGAUCACGCCGGAGAAACGGGCCGUGAAGCGGAUCGCCGAGCUGUCCCGCGACAAGAGCUCGUACUUCGGCUCAUUGGUUCAGGACUACAUCAGCUUCGUUCAGGAGAACCGCAGCUGCCACACAUCGGGGAUGGACUUCCUGCAGACCGUGCGGCAGUUCAUGACCCAGAUGAAGGCUUACCUGCGGCAGAGCUCUGAGCUCGACCCGCCCUUAGAGUCCCUCAUACCUGAAGACCAGAUUGACCAGGUUCUGGAGAAAGCCAUGCACAAAUGUGUCCUGAAGCCUCUGAAGAGCGUCAUUGAGUUGAUUCUGCACGAUUUCCAGGUGAGAUUUCGGAAGGCAGGGGUUUUGUCAUUGCCUAUUGUCUUUGUCCUGCACCGUGCCCCCAACUCCGUCGCCAUCGAGAAAAUCCGCCAGAAGUUCCUGAACAUGAGGAAGAUGUACUCCCCCGACCAGAAGGUGUCGCUGCUGCUGCGAGUGUGCAAACUCAUCUACACCAUCAUGCAGGACAAUUUCCUGCCCAUGCUGUGCGACAUGCCGCAGCUGGACACUGAGGUUCAGUACAUGAUGGAGCUGCUGGACCCGGCGCUGCUGCAGGGAGAAGGUUGUUAUUAUGCAACAACUUCUUUGAGCCAUCUGGCCUUAACUGUCCCCCUGAGAGUCAAAUGGGUUCAGGUUCUGAGCUCCGAGGCCAGGAACACGCUGCACCAGUGGCACCGCCGGCGAACGUCGCAGCGCUCCGCCCCCUCUGUGGACGACUUUCAGAACUUUCUCCGGGUCGCCCUGCAGGAGGUGGGUUUGGGCUGCACGGCUAAAACCCUUCAGGUGCAGCCGUACACCACGGCGGAGGAGGUCUGCUCCCUCUGCGCCUACAAGUUCAAGAUCCCCGACCCCGAGAACUACGCGCUGUUCCUGAUCACCGAGGAAACGAGGCAGCAACUUGCCGCCGACACGUACCCCCAGCAGAUCAAAGCCGAGCUGCACAGCCGGCCGCUCGUGCACGUCUUCCACUUCGUCUACAGGAGGGUGAACAACCUGAACCUCUGCAUCCCGGCUCACAUCAACAAUGGGAACUGCCUUCAGAUGAAAUAGGGAGGGAAGGAUGAUUUGGCUGAUUUGGAAUGUUGAUGAAGACAGGUUUGAGGAUGUCUGGUGCUCUGAAGGACCUUUAAAUAUCUGCUGACGCUUUGAAAGAAGACAGAAAGAUGAAUAUAGAUGCAGAUGCAUGUGGAUGAAGGUAUGAAGGCCUCCUCUUUAAAUGUUACUCUAACUGCUGUCCCCAUGAUGCCUUAUGAAAAAACCGAACACUGUAUGUUACUGAGAGCGGGCCCCAGAUGAAAACGUUCCUUAAAUGUUUAUUUAAUAAAUGAAAUGACCUUUUGUGAAACUUGUUUUUAUUUCUCCACAGCUGCAGGACAAUUGUGGGUUAUGUUUCUGUGUCUGAUUAUUUUUAUAUUCUUUAAAGCGACUAAAAAGAUUCUUAUUCUGAUGUGAUGCAGGGGCGUUGACAGGAUCCUGAAACGUUGGGGGGCUCAGCCCAGAAAUAGAUUUCAAAUACUCCCAACAUGUUUUAGAUCUCAGCCUGCUGUUUUGUUUUUAUGAUUAUUAAUAAAACAGAAAUGUGUAAAAUGA